AUGCCUGCCUUCUGUCCCCGAGCGCGAUCCGUGCCGCCUCCCCAAAAUGGGCACGCGCCGGGUGGGGGGGGGCGGAGGAGCAUUGUUUCCCGACGGAGAUGCUUCCUUGUAUGCAGAUGGGGCUUUGUGCGCUUUUCUGCGCCUUCUCGCGGAGAACGUGGCCUAGAACGCUCCGGGCUUGCUUGCCGUUUUGCAAGCGGGUUGUGGAAGGGAUGGCUGGGGGACCGGAAUGCAGGAGGGAGGGAGGGGGCUCCCCCCUCGACCCACCACCCCUCUAAAACUCCGGGUGUCCCUUUGCCGCUUGCAGGCUCCGCCAAGGAGUGCGAAGAGGACCAGUUCCAGUGCCGGAAUGAGCGGUGCAUCCCUUCCAUUUGGAAAUGCGACGAGGAUGACGAUUGCUCAGAUAAUAGUGACGAGGCAGAUUGCCGUGAGUAUCAGGCGUGGGGAGGCGAUCAGCCCCCUUUUAAAUCCUCUCUUGCGAGCAGGAAGACAGCUGGCUGGGGGGGGAGGUGGGGGGCAAUCGGCUCCUGUUCUGCCGGGGUGUCUGCAGGGUGGGGGGGGGUGAGAGAUGAAGGCGCGACCCCGCUCGGUUUCGCCUGCCCUGGUCUCCCCCGAUGGGCAGAAUGGCGAGGGCAAUGCUCCGCGUGCAUCUCCCGAGAGACGUGUGUCAUCAGCGGAUUGACCCCGGUUGCAGGAAGGGAGUGGAUUUCAGUUUAUAUCCUAGGUGGAGACGUGGGCGUUUGUGUUCGAAAGGAUUACAUGCAGUUCUGUGGCUCCCAGCCUGGAGCGAAGCCGCGCAGGGCUUCAUGGUUCCGUCUUAAAAAGCUCAGAAGUGAAGCUCAGUUGGCUCGCUUCACUUUGGCAAAAAUGGUCCCGUGCGAGAGAAAUCCCGUUUCAAAGUUUCGUGGCACUGUGUAA